AUGGCGAAGACUUGUAUCCACGAUAGCCGAAGUGUUUGCGCAACAUCUGCUGACGGCUGCACUCGAAGAAGCUUUCUGGAUCAGUGCGAUAUGUAUGAAUACAACUGCGAUUAUAAUACACAAUUCGCUGAAACAGAAUGUCUGGAAGUUAAAAAUCAGAUACCUCUAAACGGUGAAGUAAAUGACUCAGACUCGAUUGACAAAAUUGAAUUACUGAGCGAUCCAGAAGAGAAGCUAAAGUUAGAUUUGAAAAUCACUACAUCUAAACAUGGAGAUAAUGUUCUAACCCUAUUCGGCCAACAUUGUGGAAGACCUAGCACUUGGGCAACGACCAGAAAAGGUGAAACGCGAGACUUCUUUAGAAUAUUAAAAGAUUAA